GCAUCCCUCCGUGCCCGCGGGUCGGCGGCGGCGGCGGCGGCGCGGCAGAGCAGCGGAGGCCGAGCAUGGCGCUGCUGCUGCUGCUGGUGCUGCGGGGCGCCUGCGGGGCUGCGGGGGGCUGGGGGAGCCCCGCGGCGGGGGUGGAGGCGGCGGCGGCGGCGGCCGGCCUGCGGGGCGCCCCGGGGCUGCCCUCCCUGCUGAGCAGCUCCUUCGUGCUGAAAGGCGACGCGGCGCACAACCAAGCCAUGGUGCACUGGACCGGCCACAACAGCAGCGUGAUUUUGAUCCUUACCAAGUAUUACCACACCGAUAUGGGCAAAGUAUUGGAAAGUUCUUUAUGGAGAUCCUCGGAUUUUGGGACGUUAUAUACCAAGUUGAGUCUGCAGCCUGGGAUUCCUACAGUUAUUGAAAAUUUCUACAUCUGCCCAACCAAUAAAAGAAAGAUCAUUCUUGUCAGUUCCUCCCAAAAUGACCGGGACCAGAAUCUUUUCAUUAGCACAGAUGAAGGAGCUACUUUUCAAAAGGAGCCCAUUAGUUUCUUUGUGGAAACACUGAUCUUUCAUCCCAAGCAGGAAGACAUUAAAGUGCUCACUUCACUAUAUGAGGAGCCAGGCUUCCAGCUCUACGUAUCAAUUGACCUGGGAACCAAAUGGACUCUUCUUCAGGAUCACGUAUCGAAAGAUCAUAUCUUUUGGCCCCAGGUACUCACCUGUUGUCCUCGCGAGGGCCCCGUGAUGUCGGAGGGAGAGCUGCUCCACCAGGUCGGGCCAGAGUCAGAAAAGCGCCCUAACGGCCCGCCGUGGGAGGCCAGGCCGCGACUACUGAGGGGCUUAGGGACCACUGUGAACAUCCGCUCUCCAGCCGAAACUGGAGAGAUCAUUCUUGUCAGUUCCUCCCAAAAUGACCGGGACCAGAAUCUUUUCAUUAGCACAGAUGAAGGAGCUACUUUUCAAAAGGAGCCCAUUAGUUUCUUUGUGGAAACACUGAUCUUUCAUCCCAAGCAGGAAGACAAAGUGCUCGCCUUCACUAAGGAGGAGCAGCUCUACGUAUCAAUUGACCUGGGAACCAAAUGGACUCUUCUUCAGGAUCACGUAUCGAAAGAUCAUAUCUUUUGGUCUGUUGAUGGAGUUGACAAAGACCCUAACUUAAUUCACAUGGAAAUCCAGGAUGCUGAUGGAGGUUUUCACUACGUGGUCUGUCCUUUUCACAACUGUUCUCAUGGACAGCUGGGAGUCCCAUUCCUCGGCCGUAUCGACCACAACUCCUUGACAGUUCAGGAUGACUACAUAUUCCUUCAGACUUCGUCAGCAAAUCAAACAAAAUAUUAUGUGUCUUACCGUCGGAAUGAAUUUGUACAGAUGAAACUGCCAAAGUACGCGUUACCCAAGGAUUUGCAAAUUAUCAGCACGGACGAGAGCCAGGUGUUUGUGGCUGUUCAGGAAUGGUAUCAGUCAGACACAUACAACCUCUACCAGUCGGAUGCUCAGGGCGUCUCGUACUCCAUCAUGCUGGAAAAUGUCAGGAGCACCAAGCAGCCUGAAGAGAACGUACUGAUAGAUAUUCUGGAGGUGAGAGGUGUCAAAGGAGUCUUUCUGGCCAAUCAAAAAAUUGAUGGGAAAGUGACCACCCUCAUUACAUUCAACAAAGGUCGUGAUUGGGAUUUCCUCAUUCCUCCAGCUGUCGAUAUGAAUGGUAAACCAACCCACUGCGAGCCACCUGAUUGCCACCUUCACCUCCAUCUCCGCUGGCCGGACAAUCCCUACGUUUCAGGAAUGGUUCACACCAAGGAUACUGCACCAGGACUCAUAAUGGGGGCAGGAAAUUUGGGUUCCCAGCUUGUUGAGUAUAAAGAAGAAAUGUACGUAACAUCUGACUGCGGCAAAACGUGGAGACAGGUGUUUGAAGAGGAGCACCACAUCUUGUACUUGGAUCACGGCGGAGUGAUUGUUGCCAUCAAAGACACCUCCAUCCCACUGAAAAUACUCAAAGUCUUUGGCCACAUCAGUUACCGCUCAGACUGGGAGCUUGUGAAAGUAGACUUCCGGCCAUCAUUUUCCCGAGAAUGCACCGAGGAAGACUAUGAAGCAUGGGACCUGACAAAUCUGCAGGGUGACCACUGCAUCAUGGGUCAGCAAAGGAGCUUUCGGAGGAGGAAGAGUUCGUCAUGGUGCAUUAAAGGAAGAAGCUUUAUGUCAGCACUCACUUCCAAAGUUUGUGAGUGUCGCCAUUCUGAUUUCUUAUGUGAUUAUGGGUUUGAGCGUUCAGCCCUGCUAAAAUCUGAGUCUAGCACAUGCUUUGCUGACUUUUGGUUUCACCCAGAAACGCCUCCGGAAGACUGUCUGUUAGGACACGAAUACAGAAGCAGCACAGGGUAUCGCAAAGUUAUCUCUAAUGUGUGUGAGGGGGGCGUGGAUCUGCAGCAAAAUGUGUCUCGGCUCACGUGUCCAGCCACUGCUCCCAAAGGAUUGCACAUCAGUGUCAAAGGGGACAGCCUGGCAGUUAAGCCAGGAGAAAACGUCACCUUCAUUGUCAAACAAGAUCAGGGAGAUCUUUUAAAUACAAAAUAUCACGUGGACCACGGAGACGGCUUCAGAGCCAUUUACGUGAACCUCACACUGAUGGACGAGCCCAUUCAACACCGCUAUGAGAAUCCCGGCGUUUACCGUGUCUCGGUGACAGCGGAGAAUGCAGCUGGCCAAGAAGAAUCUGUUGUGUUUGUUCAGGUGCACUCUCCAUUACAGGCUUUACACCUAGAAGUCCUUCCCGUCAUUGGCAGAAAUCAGGACGUAAAUCUGACAGCUGUGACCCUGCCAAGGAACUCAAACUUCACACUGUUUUACUGGUGGAUCGGGAAUAACCUUCAGCCACGCCUUUCACUGGAGAGCUUUUUGGUGACCAGCUUUACAGAGAUCGGGGAAGUCAGAGUGACCGUUCAGGCCUCCCACGGGAGUUCCAUGCUCCAGGAUUCGAAGGUUAUCCAAGUUUUGGAUCAUUUUCAAGUACUUCGUUUAAGGUUUUCUGAGUAUCUGGAUUUGUACAACCCGAACAUACCUGCUUGGCGGGAGGACAUAGCCCAUGUUGUAACCCGACGGAUAGCAAAGGAAACAAACAUACCUGAAGAAAGUCUUGUGACUGUGUUAAGGCCUGGACUUCCCACUAUAGCAGACUUAUAUGUGCUCCAAUCUCUGAACCACCCCAAAAGGAAAAGAACUGUAUCUAGCAUUAAGAGAAUAGCUGCAAUUAAGCAGUCCCUAGAGGCCCAAAACAUCAGUUUCUUCUUGAGAGAAGGACACUGGAUCUUUGUGACUUUGGACAGCUCUGAUUCAGAUUCUCAUACUCUUGGAGGAGGUGGAGGAUACUGGGCUAUCGUAGCCCUUUUCGUCAUCUCUCUUGUGGUUGUGGGCGCCAUCAUUCUAUACAAGUUUAAAAGGCUAGUAGUCUGCAAUUUUCCAUGGUGUGUUGUCUGCCAUCUCACAGGCGUGGUCCUGAGCAUUAAGUCCAGGGAGAUGCGCAGUUAGCUGAUGUUCACAACUGAACGCAUAGAUGAGACUCUUCUUCCAUUGAGCCCCUCCUUUUCCCUCUGA